AUGAAGAUCACGACCACCAUGAUCUUAGCCACCGCCAUGCUGGCAGGUAGCUCUCUCGCAGCCCCUGGCAGCGGUCUGGUUGAGCGUCUACAAUCCCGUGGCGCUCUAUCACGACAGUCAAUACCCGCCAAAAAGAAUGGUGUCCUGAUCAAGGAAGGAUUCCCAGGAGGCAAUGUUCAAUAUAGCAAAAACUGGGCCGGCGUGGUGCGCGAGAAACCUCCCCCCAGUGCUACCUACAACGCUGUGUCGGCAACUUUCACUGUCCCCAAGCCGACAGCCACCGAUGACUCUGGCAAUAUGCAAGCUGUAUCUGCUUGGGUUGGUAUUGAUGGCGAUACUUAUUCUAAGGCAAUUUUGCAAACUGGGAUUGAUGCCUACAUCCAGGAUGGCCAAGAAAGCUAUGACGCUUGGUACGAGUGGUACCCCAAGAGUGCGGAGAACUUUGACCUGCAAUUAUCCGCGGGUGAUGUGAUCGUCGCAAAGGUCGAGUCAUUUUCGCCCAGCGAAGGUGUUGCCAUCAUCGAAAACAAGUCCACCGGCAAAAGUGUGACCAAAACACUGACUGCGCCUUCGACCUCUGCCACCCUUGCCGGCCAGAAUGCCGAGUGGAUCGUUGAGGACUUCAACACUGGGAAUACUAUGGUCCCCCUGGUCAAUUUUGGCAAGGUCGACUUCACCGGUGCUCAGGCCAAGGCCAAUGGAGCAUCAUAUGGCGUCAAACACGCUGCCAUCCUGGACAUCCAGCAGAAUGGGGAAGUGAAGGCUCAUGUCAAUAUCUUGAAUGACAGCGAAUUUUCUGUCACCUACCAGUAA